UUGAUUUCAUCCCAAAACUCGAUCUCCAUUAAUUUCUAGGUCUUGGCUUGUCUAUAAUUCAAUCCUCUCCUAAUCUUCAAGCGAUCUAAUUUUUUUUUCUCUCGAAAAUCAGCCUCUUUUAUCUUGAAUUCACCACAAAAACUGGUUUUACUUUGCUUUAAAAGAAUGGGACCUAUCCUUAUCCUCCUCGUCCUAUCAAUUUUCACCAGCUCUGCCUUUUCUCAGCUUCAAUCAUCUGAAACUGGAUACAUUUCUGUUGUUAUAUCUGAAAAAGGUUUAAUUUUUGCCAAAGACUUGCUCAUUGAGAAUGCAAUUCAGACCCUCACUGCCCUCACCCUCCCUGACAUUCAUCAGUCCAAGAAGAUUCCUUUGAUAGGCAGUGUUUCGGCUUCACUGACGAACAUUACAGUUUAUAGUAUUGAUGUACCUUGUUCGACAAUUCAGCCUGGUGAAUCGGGCAUUGCGAUCGCAGCUUCAGGGGCCACUGUGGAUUUGAGCAUGAAUUGGGAGUAUUCAUACAAUACUUGGCUAAUUCCUAUCCCAAUUUCAGAUAAAGGGACUGCUUCUGUUAAGGUUAAAGGAAUGGAAGUUGGGCUCACUGUGAAUAUCCAGAACCAAAAUGGAACUCUGAAGCUAAACCUUGUACAAUGUGGCUGUUAUAUGGAGGAUAUAACGAUCACUUUAGAUGGAGGAGCUUCUUGGUUUUAUCAAGGUUUCGUAAAUGCAUUUGAGGGCCAAAUUAGAUCCAUUGUAGAAACUGCCAUCACUAAAAAGAUCACUGAAGGCAUCGUGAAGUUAGACUCAUUGUUGCAAACUCUUCCGAAGAAAAUCAAUGUGGAUAAAGUUGCUUCUUUAAAUGUCACUGUUGUCAAUGGUCCUCUCUUCAGAAAUUCUUCUGUUGAAGUAGAUAUCAACGGCUUAUUCAUCCCAUCAUAUGAUGGCGCCGUUGUUAGAUACUUAAACAGGGACACCCAGCUUUCAGAUUUUUGUGAUGGCAAACUGAAAAUGCUCGAGUUUUCAUUGGAUGAAGAUGUAUUUAAUUCUGGAUCCAAAGCAUAUUUCAAGGCUGGAUUGAUGCAUUGGCUGGUGGACAAGGUGCCUGAUCAGUCUCUUCUAAAUACUGCAAGCUGGAAGUAUUUGAUUCCCAAGUUAUACAAGCAGUACCCAAACGAUGACAUGGAACUCAAUCUUACAUUAAGCUCUCCUCCAGUUAUAAAAGUUACGACGAAGAACAUUGGUGUCACCAUCCGCUCUGACAUGAUUGUAAAUGUCCUUGAUUUUGGAGUUGCGGUUCCUGUUGCAUGCAUAUCAGUGGAUAUUUCGGCGACCGGGGUUCCUGAGAUUUCAGGAAAUAACUUAGCUGGCAGUGCACAGUUGGAUGACUUCACCUUAAAACUGAAGUGGAGUACAGUUGGUAACUUUCAUAUGUCUCUAAUUCAGGGGGUGAUGCGCAUCUUCCUGGACACUGUAUUCAUGCCGUACGUGAAUCUGCAUCUCAGAAAAGGAUUUCCUCUACCAAUAAUUCACAAUCUCACACUUGAAAAUGCUGUUAUAGUUACUUCAACCUCGAAAAUCAUCAUAUGUUCAGAUGUAGUGUCCAAUUCCAGUAAGCUCAUGUUUCCCAGUUUCUAAUUAUCGAACACGCAGAAAUACAGAAAACCACAACGCAUUGUGCAGAAGUGCUGAAGCAAUGCAGUGAAGUUCAUUAUGCAUGCAAGCAUUGAUGUGUAAAUUAGGGAACUGCCAAGUGUUUGUUUGUUUUUUUUUGUUUUUUUUUAUGUAAAAUUGUACACAUUGACAUUGAUUCAUGGAAUGCAAGAAUAAUUCUCUUUUGAUCUUAA